CGGUCACGUCGUACUUCUGGACCCGAAUUAUCUACAAGAACUGCAGAGAUUCUUGUAACGCCCAUUGAGAAUGACCCUUACGAAAAUGCCAAAUCUCUUCGUCUCAAAGCCAGAGAUGAAAGAGACCGUAUGAAAGAAUGUCUCAAGCAGAGCCGUGAAGCGUAUGCUGAUAAAAACGGAGGGCGCGCUAAAAAGCUUUCGUUGAAGGGGGAUGAGCACAAAGACAACAUGAUACACCUGAAUCAGGAAGCCAGCACGAUGAUAUUUGAAGAGAACAAUCAAGGACUCAGGUUCGACACAAUUGAUCUCCACCGACUCUUUGUCUCAGAAGCCAAGUUGUACUUUGACGAUGCUGUUCAAAAGGUUCGGAACCAUGGAGAGCCGACACUUCAUGUGAUCGUAGGAAAGGGAAAUCACUCCGAGAAUAACAUCGCGAGGAUCAAACCUGCAAUUCGAAAAUAUGGGAAAAGAUUGGGUCUGCGCGUUAAAGUGGAUCCUCUCAAUGUUGGCCGCCUUGUUGUGAGUUUGUGAAUUUUAAUUCCAGUCAACUUGAACGGCGAUCCUCAUCAUGACGCACUCACACAUACUUUUUUAUGUUAUCCUUCCCCUUUCUAUACCCGAGUAUGUACGAUGCCCGAAUGUUUUGGUACAGUACUAGUGUAGUGAUAUGAUGCAAGUAGUACGGUACUAGCCAAUUUCAAUACAAUAUGAUUCGACCGGA